AUUACAUGACGCACUCAUGAGACCCGCAUUUUAAAUAGGGGAUCAUGGUAUAAAAAGGCUAACGCCACAGGGGCUACGCCACCGGAUCAAUCCGAGUAUCAAAAUGUCGACUUCAAAUCGGACUUCACAUCCUUUCAUCCCCGCUACUCCGGGCGAUCGACGUUCUCCUUGUCCAGCACUCAAUGCACUAGCAAAUCAUGGGUACUUGCCCCGCAAUGGACAGAACAUUGGACUCUGGCAUCUGAUACACGCAGCCUUACUCGCCUUGGCAGGAAUCCUGCUUUGUGGUCACGCCUUUCGUUUGGACCUUGACGCACUGGCUAUCCACAACAAAAUUGAACACGACGCAUCCCUCCAGCGUGCACCUACUGAGGUCGACCCAAAUCUUCUCAAGUCAUUUUUAAGCCAUGCAGAUCCUCAAAGAGGCAUGAGUCUGUAUGACCUCGCGCAAGUGCGCAUAUCUCGCGAGGCCCAGCUGGCUCAUCCACUCGACCUCAUCCAUUCCAAGAUCGGGGCUGCUGAGGCAGCCUUGUGUUGGUUGCUUCUUAAGCAAGAUACUGGUCGCAUCCCUUCAAGCGUACUUUCACAGUGGUACGGGGAAGAACGUCUGCCCGACAAUUGGGCACGACCACGUCAUGUUAUAGGGCUGCUCGAUGCACGCGCAAAGGCGAUGGAAGUGGCAAACAUCAUGAACAGUCACAGAAAGUUUACUUGCCCCGUCUUCCAGCCUCAAUGCCUUCGUAUUAGGCUUAAGGACAACACUUAAGUGCAAUUCAUAAUGCUUGUAAUAUAUUUACUACUAUUGUAACCGCCUUCCAUCGUGGAUCUUGAGAGUGAAAAGUGUAUUAUCAGUCACUAGUCAAGUGUUGCAAUGCACCAAUAGCCUUCCU